UAAAUUGUACAGAAAUAAUCUCAUUCUUACUUAACAUGUUAAAAAUAACAGUGAAAGAAAAACCCACGUUUAAGAGGAAACGUGAUAAUUACGCGCGAAAGUUGAAGACUCAGAAACUGAUCAACUAUUUACAAAGCGAGUUACGGAGUUCCACUACUCAUGGUCUGCCUUACAUUGCUAACACUGAAAUACAUUGGUUUGAGAGAUUAUUUUGGGCUGCUUGCUUCAUCUUAUCCUGCGCAAUCAUCUUCGUUCUUCUAACUUCUCAAUAUACCAGACUGGUGGAGGCACCGAUUGUGAACAGUGUUGAGAAAGACUAUUUGAACUGGAACGUCUCGUAUCCCGCAAUAGUUUUGUGUCCAGUUACCAAAAUUGACGAUGAAGUAUUUGCUUAUUAUAUCAACGAAACCCUCAACAGAACUGGAUAUAAUUUGGAGGCAUACUACUCGGCGAUUAUGUCAGUUUCCUUGGAAGCAUUAAAUGUUUUGGAUCUACCACCUCCAGAAAUAUUAGAGCUUAUAAAACCUGAAGAGUACGCGACAAUCGCAGUGGAUUUAUUCAAGAAGUUCAAGAACACCACGCUACAGCUUCUCCUCAACUGGCCCAUAACUGUAGACACCACUAUGACAGAAAUGGGGUUAUGCCAUAUUAUAAAUUCGAACGUUGCUAUACUUGAUGACCCUACCAAAUGGAGUGACAGCAGUGUGGCAUACGCCAAAAACAACAUUGAGCUCUCUGUACACGACAUUGACUUUUUUGUUCAGUUACUCAACUACACCGACGUAUUUAAGAUUUACACCGUGAGCCCAGACGAAGUAAUUCUGAUUGGCACGCCGGCGUUAACUUUUGAAACCGAAGGGUUCUUGUCUUUUGGAGUGCAAAUUACGAGCACUAGAGCUUCAGAGGAUAUCAAGGAUAUUCCUUUGCAACUUCGUAAUUGCAGAUUCAGGAACGAAGUUACGAGUAACAGGUACCCAAUUUACUCGUAUAAUCGCUGUUUAAUAGACUGUCGAAUUAAAAUGAUAUUUAAAUUGUGCGAUUGUAUACCACAUUUUUAUAAGCCAUUGGCUCACGAAAGAAUUUGCAACUUAGCUGAACUGGAAUGCCUACUUGAACACAAAAAACAAAUAACUACACUGUCUACUUACAAUGAAACUAUGGGUAGAUAUGAAAAUAUAGACGAUUUGCCGAGAUCAUUUCGUGAUUGCGGUUGUUUGGGCAACUGCGAGGAAGACGUGUUUAAGAAUGACCGAGAGACGUACUUACCCCAGGAGGCUAUGAACAGAGUGAGGGUCAGCGUAUCGGCGUUCCCGAAGGUGCGGGUCAUGAGAGAAAUCAUAUUUAGUUUCUAUGACCUCUUCUUGCGAAGUGGAGGUGUAGUGAAUCUAUGCAUCGGUGCAUCAGUCAUUUCAAUAAUGGAGCUAUUAUUAAUUGCAUUGAGGAUCCCUAUAUACGAGAUAAUGCAAAUUGUAAAAGGAAUUUGGCGUCGGUACAAAAAGUCACAAUUACCAAGAUUGUCAAACAAUAAAAAACAAAUGUAA